UUGGCGUGAAGCAAAUUCCCGGAGUGACACAAAAACAGUGAAGGGAAACAGAUAUGAGAUAUCCUUCAGAAAACCUUAUCCUCUCAAAAUCUAACUACUCUCAAAAAUUAAAUAAACAUCUUUUGCCACUGCCACCUAUGUAAUAAUCCAGAUCCAUCAACACCUUCAAAAUCAUGACCACAACUACUCCCACACUUCUCAAUUCACAAUUUCUCCACAAGCAUAUUAGGCACAACAACAUUUUUAUACUCACUAACAAAAUCAAUUAUGUGAGUGGAGAUUUAAAGUCUCAACAAUUUCACUUCUCUAACCUUGUACCUAUACAUGCAACCUUAAAGGGUCCAAAAGGGUUUGGUCCUUCUCCAAAGAAGAAGAAGAACAAGACAAAGAAUAUGAAAAAGAACAAUGAAGAAGAAGAAGAUGAUGAAGAGGAAGAGGAAGAAGAGAGAGAGGAAGGGAUAAUUCCUGAAGUAGUGACAAACAGAAUGAUAGGUAGAAUGGCAUUGUCUGUGGGGGUGCCAUUAGGUAUUGGGCUUUUGUUUUUCCCAUUUUUUUAUUAUCUUAAGGUUGGUUUGAAAAUUGAUGUGCCUAAUUGGGUUCCUUUUAUUGUUUCUUUUUUCUUUUUUGGGUCAGCUUUAUUGGGAGUGAGUUAUGGGAUUGUUUCUGCUAGUUGGGAUCCUUUGAGAGAAGGUUCACUUUUGGGCUGGACUGAAGCCCAAAAGAAUUGGCCUGUUUUUUGGCAAUCAUUUAGAAGUGGGUCUCGGAAGGAUUAGCCCAUUGUUUCUUUUUGCCUAUAUAUAUUAUUUAUAUUGUCACUUUAUUAUAUUAGUUUUUU